AUGUCGCUGCAAGCGUCGUGCCUUCUGGCAUUGGCUGACCUGUUGACCAGCGGUGCGACCGACGUCGACGCAUACGCAGCUGCCACGUCAUCCUUGCCUGUGCACUUGCGUCAUGGGCUCUGGUGCCUCCUCAAGGCCAAAGACACGUGUUCACGCACCGUGCUUGCCGCCGUCUUGAGCGAUGAGUUCGAAGACGUGCAUGUGACCGGCUACCGAGGCGACCUCGCCGCGUUCAUUGACGCAUGGCGUGAUGCGAACGUCGGCUGCAGCGUAGCGACACUGACGCUGUCGAGCCUCCCGUGGUCAGAUGGGGACUUGUAUGUGCUCCUCGACGCACUGCCGCAGCUUCGCCUUUUGGACACUGCCUACGUCAACGCCCUCCACGACGAGCAUGUGCGCAGUGUUGUGGCGUCUGCGCCGACGCUCUGCGAGCUGCGCUUGAGCUGGUGCCCUCUUCUGACCGACGCCGCCCUCGGACAUAUCGUCGCGCAUGUAUCGCAGACCCUCCAAGUGCUCUUCAUUCCUGGCACAGCCGUCACGACGCACGGCGUCUUGGCGUUGGCUGCGUGCAAGCAACUGCAACAGCUCAACCUACAAGCCUGCGAUCGCGUGCAUGGCUUGCCGCUGGGGCUUGGGCGCCUCACGCACCUCGACGUGCGAGGUCUGAGCUGCGUUCCGACCGAAACACUGAUGGCCGUCUUGAAGCCGAUUUGGCCGCAGCUGCGCCACGUGAGUCUCGGCGAGAGCAGUUUGAGUGCGUCGGCAUGGACGCAGCUCGUGGCCGCGACGCGCACUCGUCAUGACCAUAUCACGCAACUCGAUCUUUCGUGGUGCUUUCAGCUCGACGCCAAGGCACUUGCACUCAGUUUACCCGCGUUCUCCCAGCUACACGUGCUCAAGUUGCGCUGCUUGGACCUCGACGACGAUGUCCUCUUCGCCAUUGCAACGACGUGUUCAAACCUACGCAAGCUCAACCUCGCGCGGUGCCGCAACAUGACGGACGACGGGCUCCAGUGCAUAGCAAGCCGCUGCUCGCAGCUCCAAGUUGUCGACUUGUCGUGGUCGAUAGUGUCGGACGCGACGGUGCACACGAUGCUUUCCCACUCGAAAUUCUUGCAGCGUCUAAGUCUCCAAGGCUGCAAAGCUCUUCACGGUGCAUUCCUCGAUGCGAUGUGCGCCGACAAAAUCGCUCAGCGCUUGACGCACCUCGACCUCUCGUGGGUCAACGGCGUUGCUACCGAGAGGGUGCAGGCCCUCUUGCCGCAGCUGCCGGCGCUCGAAGUUCUCGGGUACUAUGGCGAGCGCAUUUUGCACUAA